UCUGCUGGCGGUAAAACUAUUAUGUGAAGUGAUUUCAAUGAACGUGUAUCGUAAACAGAAGCAUCUCCGUUGUACGUAUUUAUGAUGACAGACCCAGUGUAUUCCGAGGCAGUGCCAAAUCCUGGACAAACUGAAGCGGGGCAGCUGCUUGCAAGUUUUUGGCCCAAAAGAACCCAAGAAAUUAGGGAUAUGACUGACUUUAAGACUCAAGAGUUGCCUUUAGCUCGAAUAAAAAAGAUUAUGAAACAAGAUGAGGAAGUUAAGAUGAUCAGUGCUGAGGCGCCAGUCCUUUUCGCCAAAGCAGCUGAGAUUUUCAUCAACGAACUUUCAUUGCGGGCUUGGGUUCACACCGAAGACAACAAGAGAAGAACUUUACAAAGGAACGACAUCGCAAUGGCAAUCACAAAGUAUGACAUGUUUGAUUUCCUCAUCGACAUUGUUCCUCGAGAUGAUCUCAAACCCAGCAAACGACAGGAAACCAUCCGUCACACGAUCAUGGCACCGCAAGACCAAGUUCAGUAUUACUUUCAAUUCUCACAACAAUACCAGCAGCCUCACGGUGUCCAAGCCAAUCAAAAUCAAGCCCAGCAGCUUCAGGUAACCAAUCAACCACAGGCAGCAAUCAUUGGUGGUAUAGCUCAACCUCAACAAGGCGCGGUCGUCGUUUCCAUGCCUACCGCUCAGCAGCAACUAAUUCAAACCCAACAGCCAGAUCAAGGGGAAGCAACGUAUCAGAUUCCCUUCCCGAGUUCAAUGCAGUACAUUAAUCGCAUACAACAAAUGGCGACCGUGCAACAAAUACAACAGCAACAACAGGUGCAACCGGGGCAACAGACGCAACAACAGACCGGAACUGUUCAGGUGCAGGGUGUCGUCACUUCACAACCGCAACUGGGGCAAGCGCAGGUCGCUCAGGUGCAACAAGGAGCCAUGCAAGCACAGCAGUCUCAACCUGGUCAGCAGCAAGUCGCGAGUCAAGAAAUCGAGCAAUCGUCGGACGCGCAGAAUGUUAGACAAACUAUGACGCAAGCUUCUGGAACUCCGCAGCAAUACGCCUCAUUUGUUGGUCAGAUCUAUCAAUUGACUGCACCGGGGCAAGACGGUUCCCAACAAGUCUACAUCGCCGCGACCCCGGAACAAGCACAACAGCAAGCUCAACAGGUGCAGGUAGCUCAAGCAGCGCAACAAACUUCCGGUCAGCCGGAGAACGAACUCUCUCAAACUUCCGAUCAGCAACAAUCGCAGUAGCAAUAACGAAAAGGUACAGUCUGUCGACUAUACUGUUGAAAUAUAUCAAGCACAGAGUGCCCAUUGCCACACUCCCAAAUCUGGCAAACUUUCAAUGAGGAUUAUGAGGUGAUCAUUCAUUACUUCUAAAAGUUAAAGUUUUGGCAGACUGUAAAAAUAUCAACACUGUGUUGCUUCAGUACAUUAUUUAUUUGAUGUGCAGAGAUUAACCAAACGUUAAAACGCUGUUUCCUUAUAGCCAGUAUUUCGCUUUGAAGUCCGGAAAUAGUCAUACAUAUUUGAUAUUACAUAUUCAAAGCAAUAGAAUCAUAGGUAAUCAGGAAAAUACCUAGACUUAGAACAUGCCAUUCGUAUAAGAACAAACAGCAAACUAUCUCUAACGCUAUCGUUAUUAUAAAAUUGUACAAAAGAUGCUUUA